GUAGAAUUACUCAGAAGUAACCCUGUGUUUCAGAGAGAGAGUUCUAGCUACUGAUAGCAUUCUACAGCGGAACUCCAGAUAGGUUGAAGAUAAGAGCAACGGUUGUACUAUAGCUACUACUGUUCUGGCUGGAGUAUGGAUGACGCAAAGAACCGUUUGCAAGAGAUAUUCCAAGGGAGAGGGCUCCCCCUGCCUUAUUACCAUGUGAAAUCCUCGGGGCCUCCUAAUUGUCCAGUAGUCGAAUGCACGGUGACGGUGAAGUGUGCUGACGGCAGGCGACUCUGCGAGGUAGCGGAGGUUCGGGGCAAGAAGAAGGAAGCCGAGAAACUAGCAGCUAGAAAGAUGCUCCAGACGCUACAGGGAAGAGGAGGAGGGACUGCGGAGAGCCCGCCGCACCGCGGACCCUCCCUCUCUCCCGCAAACUCGCGACCUGCAGCGAGGACGCAGUUGGAGAGUGUGUCGGCAGCUGUGCACCCAACUCGCUGCUCCCCUCAUCGCUCCCCGUCUCCAGCAUCCCCCAGUCCCAGCGGGAAAAGUCCAGUCGCCGCUCUACAAGAACGACUACAAGCCGUGCAUCUAUCUCCGCCGACGUACAUCGAGACCAUCCCCGCGGCCCGGUCGUUCAGGGUCCGUUGCCAGGUGCAGGGAGGAGGGAAGAUUCCGGACCUCUCCACAGAGGGAGAGGGCAACAGCAAGAGCAGCGCAAAGGAGGCAGCGGCCAGGGACAUGCUGAGAAAGAUGGACAAGCGCGGUUCCAACAAACUAGUGACGGCCCCCGCGCCCCCGAGAGUCGCAAAACCAGUGACCCCCGAUCUUCCCAGAGCGGUGGAUGAUGACGUAGUGGCAUCUAAACUGGCCUCUUUGUCCCCGAAAUACCACUUCUGGAGUUCUCAUGGAGAGGCGAAGUCGGUAUGUUGUGUAGCGAGCGUGGAUGGAGUAGGGGGUGUGUCCUACCCAAUUACUGGACAUGGCUGGGGAGAGAAUGAGAGAGCUGCUAGGGACCAAGCCAACAACUGUCUUCUGACCAAUGUCAACACACUCUCAAACAGUUAGGAUGGAACUUUGCCAUGUACAACACAGGGCUUCACAAUCAUCUGCUGCAGGAUCAAACUCAAAUCGCCACGUUUUCUUACGUUC